AUGGACGUUGAUUCUCGACCGCCGGAAGGAAUCGAAACGGUGCCGGCACGCGGCCAGCACCACAAACCUGGCAUCGUAAAUACGCCGGAAAUGGACGCAAUUGAACCGGAAACCCACCGCCGGGACUCGGCCAAAUCCGGCGACGAUUUUGCGGAUUUGCCGACCCCGGAUUUGGUGCCGGAAUUCUCAGUCCGCAAAAUCCCGAUCAGCUUGGGUGGACUGAGCCUCAAAAUGCGUAAAACUGCCCACAAGUCCACAAGAAAAACCGGUCUUCUUGGAGAAGAAGAGAAAGGGGACUUAUGUGGAAAGGACGUGGGUGAAAAAGACUCGGGGGAAAGAGAUGUGGGUGAAAGGGACGGGGGUGAAAGGGAGACGUGGGGGAAAAAAGUGGACUUUCUGCUGUCGGUGAUCGGCUUUGCUGUGGACUUGGCUAACGUCUGGCGCUUCCCGUAUCUGUGCUACAAAAAUGGCGGAGGGGCGUUCCUGAUCCCCUACUGCCUGAUGCUGGUGCUGGGGGGCAUCCCUCUGUUCUUCAUGGAGCUCGCCCUGGGGCAGUACAACAGCACGGGCGCCAUCACCUGCUGGGGGCGCCUGGUGCCCCUCCUGAAGGGCAUCGGGUUCGCGGUCGUGACCAUCGCCUUCUUCGUGGACUUCUUCUACAACGUCAUCCUGGCCUGGAGCCUGCGGUACUUCCUAUCAUCCUUCACGUCGCCGCUGCCCUGGUCGCACUGCAACAACUCCUGGAACUCCCCCAACUGUAGGGAGCUAUCAAUCCAGGGGAACCUGACCCCCGCGGUGGGGGGUGGGGAGGGAAUCUCCCAGUGGGGGAUGGGGGACCAGAACGUCACCCAAUGGGGAGUGGGGGACCAGAACUUCACCCAGGACGACUCCCCCAACGCCACCUUCUACCCCCCAGCCCACGAAUACUUCUACCGGGAGGUCCUGCAGCUUCACGAGUCCUCGGGGUUCGGGGAUUUGGGGUCCCUCAAGUGGGACCUGGCCCUCUGUCUACUGGCCGUCUACCUCAUCUGCUACUUCUCCGUCUACAAGGGCAUAUCUACCUCGGGCAAG